AUGUCGAUUACCUUCGAGAUUCCAGGCAAGCGUGUCUUGUCUAGUGCUCAGUUGACUGCGUUUCAAUCAUCUGCUACUUACAAUACCAUCACAUCAUACAUCGAAAUUCUGAAUGCUUCUGUAGUGGGUGCGAGGCUCACCGACGCGUGCUCGGAAUCUCUAGGGAUAAACGCCAUCCUCCACUUGUUGGAUCGAAUAGAGCAACUAGCUCAUGAGACUCCCCCGAUUGAGAACAAGGCAUCAAGAUUCGGCAACCCUGCUUUCAGGUCGUUCUACGACAAAGUUGAAAGUGUUGGUCUUGCAAUUCGUCUCCCUUCUUGUCUCAUACUUACUUCUGCCGUAUUCAAGCUGGCACCGUCGUUGCAUGCUGACCUUCCCGGCCUAGAUCAAAAUGCUACGCCCGAAUUAACUACCUAUUUCUCACAGGCUUGGGGGAAUCGAGAGCGCAUUGACUAUGGGAGCGGUAUGGAACUGAAUUUUCUCUGCUGGCUGAUAUGCCUAGAUCGCCUGCAGGUUGUUACGGCAAGUGAUCAUACCGCCCUUGUUACUCGUGUAUUUUGGAGAUAUAUUCAAAUCAUGCGCGUACUUCAGUCAACGUAUUGGCUAGAACCCGCUGGAUCUCAUGGCGUCUGGGGUCUCGACGAUUAUCAUUUUUUGCCUUUCCUCUUUGGUUCUGCACAGCUACGAGGCACGUCGCAAUUAGUUAGACACAAGUUUGUAAGACCGAAGGCAAUACAUGAUCCAGAGAUUGUAGAUGAACUGUCGAAGGAUUAUAUGUACUUCUCUUGCAUAAAGUUCAUCAACUCCAUCAAGACAGCCUCACUUAGAUGGCACUCACCAAUGCUGGAUGACAUAUCGGCAGUGAAAACUUGGGAAAAAGUUAACUCCGGAAUGAUCAAGAUGUAUCAAGCAGAAGUUUUGGGGAAGCUCCCUGUCAUUCAACAUUUCCUGUUCGGAUCUAUUCUUCCAUACGAAGGACCACCGCCUCCAUCUUCCGAUGAAUCGCAUCACGGAGAUGGUCAUGUACACGAAGGUUGGGGUGACUGUUGUGGUAUACCCGUACCCAGUGCCUUUGCAGCAGCCCAAAAGGAGCGAGAGCCGGGAAAUAGGAUCGAGGGUCCAGGCAUCCGUCCUGUGCCGUUUGAUUGA